AAAGUGCAAUGGACAGACAGACAGUUCAAGGCAGUUGUGUGAAAUAGUGUAGUGUUUUGUGUAUGUGACUUAUUAUAUUUAGAUGUUAUUUAUAAAUAUUUCCUAGUGAAAUGGAACUACCCAAUGAAAUACAAACUUUGUUUCAAAAAUACAAUGCCAAAUGUGAUAUAGGUGGAUGCAACAAUAGUUUGGAACAAGUCGAUGAUGGUGAUAUUAUCGAUGUGGAACAAAUUAAUUUGGGCAAUGAUGAAUCAUGGUUAAUGGAAACAAAAUCUGCACAAACAUUGAAUCUGAGCUCUUGGUUAUACAAUCAUCAGGAUGAUUGUAAUAACACUUUCAAUUCUGAACAAGUUGAAAGUAAACCAUAUGCUUUAAAAAAGAAUAUAGACACUAGAACGUUUACAAGACCCAAGAAAAGGAAUUUGGGUGCAGCUUUGGAGAGAUACAAUGAGGAAGAUGAGAGAAGAGUCAGCUUAUCAAAUGAAAUUCAUAAUUAUAUCUCCAAUCAUGAGGACACCCAAAAGCAUAAGCCUUUGGACUUUGAUUUAUCUCAACCAACGUAUACACACUUUUUUGAUAAUAUUUUGGCAUCUGCUAAGGAAUCUGACUGUUUCCUAAAUAUGUCACCGCCGAGUUUAGUAAAUUCUAUGUGCUCUUCAACUUUUACCAACUUGAUGGAAAGCAGUAUGAUAAAAAACGACCCUGUUUUGAGAGAAAUUAGUAAUGAAAACUACGGAGAGGAAGCUUUAAAUUUUCAAGUCAAUGAAACACAACAGUGCCAAUCCUUUACAGAAAGCUGUAGUAGCAUUAACUCAGACUCACCAGAGACAUUUUUGCAACAGACGUUACCCAAAUUGAAUGGUACUUUCAACAAUAUUACAACUGAAGAAGACAAAGGAAUAUUUGAGGAAAAUUUAGAAGAUAGUUUUAAUGAACUUAUUAAAGGUGAUAGAGUUUCAUUUCAAAAGGACACCCAUGCAGAGAACAUAGAUCCAAAUAUAACUAUAAAUAAGAUUACUGCAAAUAAAUUUAAUGCGACCUACGAAAAAAGGAACGACAAUAAAUUUAAUAACACUUUUAAGAAAGAUUCGUUCAGUGAAGUUAAAAUCCUGAACAGCACAUUUCAAAAAGUUCAAGACAAUAAAGAACGAGAGAAAGUAUUAUACGAAAUGCAAGACAAUAAUCUAAAUCAAACGUUCAGAAAGAAAGUGGAGGAAACGUUUUCCAGGAAAUCUUCGUCUAUUGGUUACCAUUCCAAUAGUACAGAGACGGUCGACUGCAAUAGCACAGUCAAUCUCGAUACUAAAAAAAAUUCUCCGAAAAACGUAAGUGGAGGCGAAUCUGAUUAUAAUUUUGAAAAAGUAAACAGCUCACUAGAAAGCUGCAAAGAAUCUCCUCCACUCGUUAUUUCGAAUUCUGAUAAUUCAGAUGUAAUCAGUCCUAUUCUCAAUACUACUAGAGACAUUGAACAUACCAGGAUGGCUGAAGUAGAGGCCAUUGUACAAGAACAAGAGAGAAGUUUACGAGUGAUGUCUACUCCAAAGCCAUCUAAAUCGUUAUCCAAAUUGUUCGAGAACGCACGUAUAUCCCCAAUUCCAAAUUUGGUGAUCAAAUCGAAUUAUUCUGAUUCGGAAUUAUCGUCGGAGGAAUAUUCAACAGUGCGUUCUACAUUAUCCGAGAAGCCAACGCUUGAAAGAAACGUGAAAAGUUUAAGUAAUUUAAAACAGACAUUCGAAGUUCCAAAAUCGAAAAUGCUGUAUACAAUGAGCGAUGCGAAAGGAGGUAGUUUAUUGAAAAGGCCUGAAAGUAAAAUAAGAGGUUCGUGCAGCAACCUCAGAUCGCUCAAUUCACAAUUGCGAAAGUCUUACACAAAUCUGCAACCGUACAACAGUAAUUUGCCAAAUGUAGGUGCUAGAACUAAAGUCGACCUUAACGCCACCCAAAUAAGAUCUGCCAAACAAGAGGUAUUUAAAGUACCGGACACGCCAAAGGAACAACCACCAUCUAGCGCUAACGAUACUUUUGUGAAGCCACAAAGUAAGAUGAGUAGUUUGCCUAGACCCAUCUCUUCCAUAGGUAUCCAUAGAUCAAUGUCAAGGAUUCCUGGACCAAAAUCUGCUAAGCCUACAAAUAUUCGACAGAUAUCUAGAUCAUCCAGUAAAAUUAACGUUAAUG